AUGGUGGUGCUGGUGCUGGUGCCGGCACUUGUGCUAUUUCUUUGUUCUAGUGCUAGUGCAGGUGUUGGUGCUAGUGAUGGUGCUGGCGUUGGUGCUAGUGCUGGUUCUGCUGCUGGUGCUGGAGCCUGUGCCUGUGCCUUUGCCUUUGCCUGUGCUUGUGCUUGUGCUGGUGCUUGUGCUGGUGUUUCUGCUGGUGCUAAGGCUGGUGUUUGUGCUGGUGCUGGUGCUGCUUUUGGUGCUGGUGCUGCUUCUUGUGCUAGUGCUGGUGCUUGUGCUGGUGCUGGUGCUUGUGUUGGUGCUGGUGCUUGUGCUUGUGUUGUUGCUGGUGCUUGUGCUGUUGCAUGUGCCAAUGCCGUGUCUUGUGCCGAUGCUUGUGCUUGUGCUCAUGCAAAUGCUGACUCUUGUGCCAAUGCUUGUGCUGGUUCUUGCACUAGUGCUAUUGCUAAUGCUGGUGCUGGUGCUAGUGCUGGUGCUGGUGCUGGUGUUGGAGCUGGUGCUGGUGCUGUUUCUGGUGCUGGUUCUAGUUCUGGUUCUGGAGCUAGAGCUUGUGCUUUUUCUAGUGCUGGUGGUGGUGCUGGACCUAAAGGUGAUGCCUGUUCUUCUGCCUGUUUUUGUUUUGGUUCUGGUUUCGGUGCUGGUAUUUGUGCUGAUGCUGGUUCUGGUGCUGUUGCUGGUGCUGGUUAUUAUGCUGGUGCUUAUGCUGGUGCUUAUACUGGUGCUUAUACUGGUGCUGGUGAUGGUGCUAGUGCUGGUUCUGGUGCUGGUGAAGGAGCUGGUGCCCGUGCUUCUGGUGGUUGUGCCGGUUCUUGUGUUGGUGCUGGGGUUGGUGCUAGUGCUGAUGCUGAUGCUGGUGCUUGA